AUGGUGAGAACACCUUGCUCUGACAAAAAUGGAAUGAAGAAAGGUUCAUGGAGUGAGGAAGAAGAUAACAAGUUGCAAGCUUAUAUUCUUAGAUAUGGCCAUUGGAACUGGAGUAAACUUCCCAAGUAUGCAGGAUGGAGGAUUCGUUUAUCAGGUUUAGCUAGAAGUGGGAAGAGUUGCAGACUACGGUGGAUGAAUUACCUCAAGCCGAAUGUGAAACGAGGGAACUAUAGCGAAGAAGAAGAGAAUAUCAUCAUGAAAUUACAUGAUGAACUCGGAAAUAAAUGGUCAGCCAUGGUUGCAAAAUUACCAGGAAGAACCGAUAAUGAUAUAAAAAACCACUGGCACACCCACUUGAAGAAACGUGCAAAGCAAAAUGGAAAAUUAAAAGUAACUAGUGAAAAUUCUCAAUCCAUGAGAACUUGCCAGUUUGAAGACAGCCAAAAGAGAGAUGAUCAAGAAUUGGCACUUGACAGUGUUGUUGCCAUUGAUCCAUCCCAGCAAACUUCAGAAAGCUCCUUAUUGCAGGCGGAACCUUUUUCCGGUGAAUUCUCCUCAUUAAGCUCCAAUUAUGCCUUCAACACUGCUAUGGAAUGGAUCAAGAAUGCUAGCACCACUUCAUCCGAAACUUAUGCAGAUACAAUUGAAAAUUUCUGGACUCAACCAUUUUUGUUAGAAAAUGAGACCACUACAAAUGAUGUCCAUGCACCCAUCGUCGACCACGAGUUUCUCUCUCCAAAAUCUCCUUUUUCUUGUGAGGAACUUCUAUCCAUUUAUGGUUGUUAUUAUGGACAUAUAUAUUAA